AUGUUCAGUCAGGGCCCCAGGACCCCAGCUUCAGGCUGCUACUAUCUAAAUUCCAUGACACCUGAGGGCCAGGAGAUGUACUUGCGAUUUGAUCAGACUGCGAGACGCUCUCCUUACAGGAUGAGCCGGAUUCUAGCACGCCAUCAGCUAGUGACUAAAAUUCAACAAGAAAUUGAGGCGAAGGAAGCAUGUGACUGGCUCCGUGCUGCUGGGUUCCCACAAUACGCUCAGUUGUAUGAGGAUUCCCAAUUUCCCAUCAACAUUGUGGCUGUCAAGAAUGAUCAUGAUUUUCUUGAAAAGGACCUUGUAGAACCUCUUUACAGACGACUAAAUACAUUGAACAAGUGUGCCUCAAUGAAACUUGAUGUGAACUUCCAAAGGAAAAAGGGUGACGACUCAGAUGAGGAAGAUCUCUGCAUCAGCAACAAAUGGACUUUCCAAAGAACCAGCCGCCGGUGGUCUCGCGUGGAUGACCUGCACACACUGUUCCCCGGAGGAGACAGACAUGGAUCAUCGGGAGACAUUAGGAUGAGAAACACCACGAGCAGUGAAAGCGUCCUCACCGACCUGAGCGAGCCCGAGGUCUGCUCCAUUCACAGUGAAAGCAGCGGAGGGAGUGACGGCCGCAGCCGGCCAGGCAGCGGCCACAGCACCAGCCGGGCGCCCUUCGACUGCCCCGGCCAGCCCUGCCCCGACAGCCCGGUCAUGCUGGACGCCACGUUCGUCAGCAGCGGCCUCCCGCAGUCCCCCAGAGACGCUCUCAGCUACCCAAAGAAUGAGAAACCCACCAGGGCCAGAGCCAAGUCAUUUUUGAAGCGCAUGGAGACUCUCAGAGGGAAGGGGGCACAUGGAAGGCCCAAGGGGCCGGGGCGGACCGGGGGCUUGGUGAUCAGCGGGCCUGUGCUGAAGCAGGAGCCGGAGGCCUUCAAGGCCAUGCAGUGUGUCCCCAUACCGAACGGAGAUCUCCGGAGCUCACCCCCCACUGCCUGCCCCAAAGGGCUCCUGAGCGCCAGCAAAUGGAGCGGGGUGAGCAGCCAGUCGGAAAAGAGCAGCAGUGGCGUGAGCACGCCCGGCCUGAAGGAACGAAAAUGCCAGGAGGCCAACAAGCGCGGGGGCAUGUACUUGGAAGACCUGGACGUGCUGGCCGGGACAGCACUGCGGGAUGCCGGCGACCGAAACCACACACACGAGUUCCAUUCCCAGGAGAACUUGGUGGUGCACAUCCCCAAGGAUCACAAACCGGGAACGUUCCCCAAGGCGCUCUCUAUCGAAAGCCUCUCGCCAACAGACAGUAGCAAUGGGGUUAACUGGAGGACCGGCAGCAUCUCCCUGGGCAGACAGCAGGGCCCCGGGGCCAGGGAGCCCAGGCUCAUGGCGUCCUGCCACAGGGCAAGCAGAGUCAGUAUCUACGACAACGUCCCGGGCUCCCAUUUGUACGCCAGCACAGGAGACCUUAUGGACUUGGAGAAAGAUGACCUCUUCCCCCAUUUAGAUGACAUUCUGCACCAUGUCAAUGGGCUCCAAGAAGUAGUGGAUGACUGGUCAAAAAAUGUCUUGCCUGAACUGCAAACACAUGAUGCAUUGGUUGGAGAACCCAGCUUAUGCCCCUUCCCAUCUCCUAAUCAGAUCACCUUAGACUUCGAAGGCAACUCUGUCUCGGAAGGUCGGACAACACCCAGUGACGUGGAAAGAGAUGGAACAUCUCUUAAUGAGUCGGAGGCCACUGGGGUCCGAGAGAGGAGGGACUCUGGUGUAGGGGCCUCUCUGACCAGGCCAAACAGGCGACUCCGAUGGAACAGUUUCCAGCUCUCGCACCAGCCUCAGGCGUCCACCGCACCGCACAUCAGCAACCAGACGGCCGGCCAGCUGAACCUGCUCCAGCGCUUCUCACUGCUUCGCCUCACGGCCAUCAUGGAGAAGUACUCCAUGUCCAAUAAACACGGCUGGACGUGGUCAGUUCCAAAGUUCAUGAAGAGGAUGAAAGUUCCUGAUUACAAAGACAAGACUGUCUUUGGUGUUCCUCUCAUAGUUCACGUCCAGAGAACGGGACAGCCCCUGCCUCAGAGUAUUCAGCAAGCACUCAGAUACCUGCGUAGCAACUGCCUCGAUCAGGUGGGUCUUUUUCGAAAAUCAGGCGUGAAAUCUCGAAUCCAUGCGUUACGUCAGAUGAACGAGAACUUCCCCGAGAAUGUCAGCUACGAGGACCAGUCUGCGUAUGACGUGGCAGAUAUGGUAAAACAGUUCUUCCGGGACCUCCCGGAGCCUCUUUUCACCAACAAGCUCAGCGAGACCUUCCUCCACAUCUAUCAGUAUGUCCCCAAGGAGCAGCAGCUGCAGGCAGUGCAGGCUGCCAUCCUACUUCUGGCCGACGAGAGCAGGGAGGUCUUGCAGACGCUGCUGUGCUUUCUCAAUGACGUGGUCAACUUGGUGGAGGAGAACCAGAUGACACCCAUGAAUCUUGCCGUGUGUCUGGCCCCCUCCCUCUUCCAUCUUAAUUUACUGAAGAAGGAAAGCUCCCCCAGAGUCAUACAGAAGAAAUACGCCACCGGGAAGCCAGAUCAAAAGGACCUCAGUGAGAACCUGGCCGCCGCGCAGGGGCUUGCCCACAUGAUCACAGAAUGCGACAGACUGUUUGAGGUCCCGCAUGAGUUGGUAGCCCAGUCCCACAACUCAUACAUGGAGGCUGAGAUCCACGCUCCAACUCUGGAAGACCUGGGGACCCAGCUGGAGGAGAGCGGGGCAACUUUCCAUACGUACCUGGAACAUCUUGUCCAGGGCCUCCAAAAAGAAGCCAAGGAGAAGUUCAAAGCCUGGGUCGCGUGCUCCAGCACAGACAACACAGAUCUUGCUUUCAAAAAGGUGGGAGACGGGCACCCGCUGAAGCUGUGGAAGGCCUCUGUGGAGGUAGAAGCGCCCCCCUCCGUGGUUUUGAACCGUGUGCUGAGAGAGCGCCACCUGUGGGAUGAGGAUUUUGUGCAGUGGAAGGUUGUGGAAACCCUGGACAAGCAAACAGAAAUCUAUCAGUACGUGUUGAACAGCAUGGCCCCCCACCCUUCCCGAGACUUCGUGGUUCUCAGGACCUGGAAGACUGAUUUGCCCAAAGGCAUGUGUACCCUGGUGUCCCUCUCUGUGGAGCACGAGGAAGCCCAGCUCAUGGGCGGUGUGCGGGCUGUGGUGAUGGAUUCUCAGUACUUGAUAGAACCGUGCGGCUCUGGCAAAUCGAGACUGACCCACAUCUGCAGGAUAGACCUGAAAGGUCACUCCCCAGAGUGGUACAAUAAAGGCUUCGGACAUCUGUGUGCAGCGGAAGUUGCCAGGAUUAGAAACUCUUUUCAGCCCCUCAUUGCUGAGGGUCCAGAAACUAAAAUCUGAGUUUUCCCCAGUGUGACAUCAAACUCAGGGAAGAGGAAGUGAACGGAAACACUUGUGGGAGAGAGUGUGCUCGUGAGAAAGAGAGAGAGAGAGAGAGAGAAAAAGAGAGACUGAAUGACAUGGUUAAUACUUUUAAAAAUGGAAACACUGAGGAGUCAGAAUGUUGAAGAUGCAAGAAUUUCUGAGAACUUUCCUAGCCCUCCUGGAGAUGGCUACAUCCCUACUAAUAUAAUAUUUUUAAAAAUCAGAACAUUUAUCUAUGUUACUUAAAAUUAAAUGGAUUAUUCCUUGUGCAUUGCCUAAUUUACUAUUUAAAGGCUUCUAAGAAGCAUAUUUGUAACUGUAAAUAAAUGUCUGUAUAGCAUAUGUACAUAUGUGUGUAUAUCUCUAUCUUUACUGUAUAUAUGUACAAUACCAAUUUUAUAU